AUGCCUCGAUGGGAGGCACGGUGGGGGAAAAGAAGGGGGAGGGAAGGGGGAAAGGAGGGAGCGGAGCGAGAAGUAACUGCCGGGGGCGCGGAGGGAGGGGGGUGCGAAGGAAGGGGGGUGCGGAGGGAGGGGGGUGCGGAGGAAGGGGGGUGCGGAGGGAGGGGGGUGCGGAGGAAGGGGGGUGCGGAGGGAGGGGGGUGCGAAGGAAGGGGGGUGCGGAGGAAUGGGGGUGCGGAGGAAGGGGGGUGCGGAGGAAUGGGGGUGCGGAGGAAUGGGGGGGGGGAGGAAUGGGGGGGGGGAGGAAUGGGGGUGUGGAGGGAGGGUGGUGGGGAGAGAGGGGGGUGGGGAGCAGAGGGGGGUGGGGAGAGAGGGGGGUGGGGAGCAGAGGGGUGGGGAGCAGAGGGGUGGGGAGCAGAGGGGUGGGGAGCAGAGGGGUGGGGAGCAGAGGGGUGGGGAGCAGAGGGGUGGGGAGCAGAGGGGUGGGGAGCAGAGGGGUGGGGAGCAGAGGGGUGGGGAGCAGAGGGGCGGGGAGCAGAGGGGCGGGGAGCAGAGGGGCGGGGAGUGGGGCCCCCCAGGGUACUAUUUCCGGGCGGGCACAAGGGGCUGCAAGAGCAUGUAGUGCGGGGCAAUUUCCCCCCCACCUCCUCCCAACCCCUUACCUCCCACUGUCGCUCUCCCCUCCCCUCACUCCAGCCCCCCAGGGCGCCUCUCGGCAGCAGCACGUUCUCUCCUGCAGACCCCACCAACGCGGUACGCUGCUCUCGCCCCCUUAAAGCCCGCUGUUCUCCUGACAGCCCCCCUUCUCUACCCCUACGUACCCCUCUGAAACGGAGCAAGCCGCCAACGUGUUACCGCAGCAGCUCGUUAUGUCCUGCUGACCCCACCAACGGGGUACGCUGCUCUCUCCCCCUUAAAGCCCCUUCUCUACACCCACCUCCCCCAACCCUGACGGCGUACCGCAGCAGCACCUUCUACCCUCACGACCCCUCCAACGUGACCCUCAAUCCUUCUUUCAACGGCAUGCUCAGCAGCAACAGCAGCAUCAACCCGCCUUUCCACAACUGGAAUCUCGUUCGUCUCAUCUACUGCGACGGUGGUGGCUACGCGGGAACAGCAGGGAGGCUGGAAGUUGACAGUAACGGCACGGCGAUUUACCUGGAUGGGUGGAAUAUCACUCAAGCAGUGAUAGAAGAUCUGAAAUCCAAGCGGGGAAUCAAAUCUGCAGCGCAGAUUCUCCUGUCGGGCAGCUCAGCGGGCGGCCAAGCAGUCGUGGCUCUCUGCGAUCGCAUCGCUGCCGCCUUCCCCUGGGCGGCAACUAAAUGCAUCGCUGAUUCGGGCUUCUUUAUUGACUCCAAGGAUAGAGUGGGCGGCUACACGUGGCGCAACGCUGUGAAGAAUAUUGUUGCUCUGCACAAGCCCAGCUGGCCGGCUUGCCAAGAUGCAGUGGAGGAGGUGGGGGAAGGAGCCGUGCAUGCUUGCCUUGCCGCGUAG